AUGAUUAAACUUCCGGAUACAUUCUAUUUUUUAACGAAUUGGGAACCAAAUUUUCAUUGUUCUCAUGCACGACGUAUUGGUGCUCGGGGUGACGGUGGCAAAUGGGUCUGUGAUCCGUAUCGAUUGAAAUUACGUCACGAUUGUUUAAUUUACAGUGUUGGAUCCAGUGGCGAUUUUUCAUUUGAAAUCGAGAUAAAAAAAGUCAUACCUCAUUGUGAAAUUCAUGCAUUUGAUCAAAACCCAUACCUAUGCCCGACGAAUAUAUGUAGCUUUCAUCAGGUUACAUUUGGCGAUGGAAUUCAGCCAAAUAGCUCAAAGAGUUGGCUAACUGUUGUUGAAGCGCUGAAUCAUACGAAUCGAUUGAUUGAUAUAUUGAAAAUUGAUAUUGAAGGUGGUGAAUAUUCAUUUUUUCCUCGUCUACUGAACUCGAGUUUAAAAGCACAUAUUAAAGUAGAAGUUACUGCGACAGUUAUAACUUUGGAUCAAGAGAAAAAAAAAUUUUCUUGUAUACUUCCACCAUUAGGACCUCAACUAACGGAUAGUCAAGUUGAAGUCGUUGGUUUUGAAAAACUUUAA